AUGCAACCAAGAACACGAAUUCCCGAGUUUGCAGAAUUAGAAAACUAUAAAAAUCUUGGGCUAUUGACCCAGAUGCAACUCGAUUUACUCUAUCGAAGAGUAAAUGGCGAGUCUUAUCAACAAAUACGGAAUGUUUACUCAAUUUCAAAGACGACAGUAGCACGCGCAAUCAUGCGCACUGCUACUUGUCGUUCAUGGACAAAAGGUCAGUCAGGGGGUGGUAUGACCCUUUUGUCACUACCAGAUGAAAUGCAGUUCAAAAAACUUGUUCAAGAGAUGGCAGACGACUUGAACUGUAUUACAACAUCAAUGGCCAUUGCUGUCUGUACGGAAUUACAAAAUAGGAGAUUAAAAUUUGCGGCGCGGGUACUAAUCGCUGCAAGAUGCCCGCAUCUUCUAGCGAAGCUCGAUGAUUACUGCCCAUCGCCAUCCCGUGGCUGGCUUAAUCAUAUCGCCACAAGAUUGUCAAUUCGGAUUGUGAGCUCCCAACCUAUUGAUAUGCUCCGACGCUCUACCUGUGACGCAAACCAUAUUCGCCAAUUUUUCCUCUCCAAGCAUAGAUACUUUGCCCGCAGGAAGAAGUUUAUUGCGAAUAUGGACGAGACAAUGCUCUAUUCCAAACGUCGCUAUAAAGUUCUUACUGCUGGCCGGAAUCGCCCAGUUCGCGCUGAAAAGUCUCAGCUUCCACAUCUUACAGGGGUCUGUACCAUCUUUGCAGAUGGUACAACUAUGA